ACUCCAUAAAAAACUUUAGAAGAAGCAAGGCAUAUUUACAAUACAAUUUAAGCUUUUAAUGAUCUAGCUCCUUAUCAUAGUGAAACUAUCGCGCUGAGAUAAUUAUUCAAAUUCUAGAAGUAGAAGGACUUUUGAUUGUGGAUAAAAUUUUAAUAUGUGGGGCUGCAUUUUUGCAGUUGCAUCCGUAGGUGUUUUGUCUAUGUUCAUUAUUCAAUACAGGGAUUGGAUUGACUGGAACAAAAAGUUUAUUUACAGAGUCGCACCCGGUCCAUGUAAACAAGUCUUAACAGAAGGAGGCUCAGAAGAUAUCACUUAUAUUGGCAAUGAUAUAGUUAUAAUAUCAUCAGGUAUUGGAGAAGGGGAAGGUGAAGGCGUAAUUAAAGCUCUUGAUCUUAACACAAGCCAAGUUGUUAACAUGACAAUACGUGGAGCACCUGACAGAAAAGAUUUCAUGACAAAGCCACACGGAAUAUCUACCUGGAAAGACGAAAGAGGGGAAAUGUAUUUAUACGUUAUAACACAUCCGUUAUCAGAAGACAGGAUAGAAGUUUUCAAACUGAAAGAGAAUAACAUUUUAAAAUAUAAACGGACCAUAACUGAUCCACUCAUGGUCAAUAUGAAUGACCUGGUCGCAGUCGGACGAGACAAAUUCUACAUCACCAGGUUUAUACAUUAUCGGGACAAACCACUGAAUAUGUUGGAAAUAGUGACACAAAGGGCAUGGGGAGCUUUACUUUACUUUGAUGGCAAAAAAGAAAGACCUGUUGUACCCACUGGCCUUUCAAUACCAAACGGAAUCAACAUUUCACCUGACCAAAAGAUGAUAUAUGUGUCAGAGUUUGGAACGAAGAAGCUACUUGGUUAUCACAGAUCUGAGGACAAUCUCCUGACAAAAGCUUGGUCGUAUGAUGUAGAUACAAUGGUUGACAACAUUGAGGUAGACCCAGAUACAGGUGACUUAUGGAUAGGGUGUCAUCCAAUAGCAUUAAGGGUUUUGGACUGGAUGAUGAGUGGAUUUGGACUGACGCUGCCGUCUCAGGUAUUGCGUUUCAAAAUGGAAGACAACAUGGUGUCGUCAGUAGAGGAGAUCUAUGCGGACGAUGGCUCAGAAUUAUAUGGUUCAACAGCGGCAACAUAUAUAAAAGGCAAACUAGUGAUUGGAUCUAUCACGGCAGAGACUGUCGUUUGCGAGGUCAACUAUCUGUCACCUUCACCUACUUCAAAUUAAAAGCAUUAAUUUUUUAAUGUAAAGACACUCAAUGAUAUAUUGAUCUUAUCUUAACAUUUGUGUUUUAUACAGAAAUUUACAUUGAAAUAUGUAGGAAACAUAUUAACAAUUUUGUUUUCUGCUGGAAAUUUAAAAAAAAAAAAACCAUCACCUUCAUAUCAUUGAUGAUGGUUCUGUGUUUCUGUGCUAUUUUCCAAUGCUUGAAUACUUUAGAGGUAAUGGUUCAAUAUAUUUUUAUUCUAUAGAGUGAACAUAAGGAAUGCUAAUUUCAAUACUUCAGUAUAUAUAUAGCAGUUUUUGUGUUCAUUUUAAACAAGACAAAUAUUCGUAUGGUACGUAAGUAUAAAAGUUAAUUCGGAAUCGGACAUAUUAUGGAGACAUUGAACAAGUCUUUUCUUAUAUAAUAAUUGUUUUAUUCGUAUCUGUUUUGACACAAAAAAUUAAUCAGGUAUGCUAUAAAUUUCAUUUUGGGAAUUUAGUUCUAACUGCAGAACGAGUAAGUUGAUAAAAAUUGUACAAACGCAAUAAGCUAGCAAUAUACCGUUUAUAACACACAAAAAGUGAAAUAAAUUGAACAUCAUUUGACUAAAUUGAAAGGACCCACCAGGAUGGUAUGCUAUCUAAUUAUCAGUUGUGCGGCGCGUUAUAGGCGCUAUAUGUUGUUUGCAUGUUUGGUUUUUCGGCGAACAUUUUAGGAAAAUUGAUGUUGGCUCACUUCUGGUAUUACAAAUUUUAAAGUUACUCUAGGGAUCAAAUCCAUCUUACCAGCUGGAGCAAAGCGAUGCAUAGAGACUUCAUAUAUUCGAACCGAUUUAGCCGUCCCAAAAGAGAAAACUGUGACAGCUAUAAUGAUGCCUUAAUCCUUGAAGGCAACUCCAUUGCCACAAGGAUGCGACACUUUAUAAAAAAGAUAUACCACUUAAGGAUCAACUUCAUGAACAGGUUCUGCCUGCAACAUGUUCAUUUUUGCCGUUACAGGCGAAUUUUCCCUUUUGUCAGUACAAUUCUUAAAUUUUUGAGAUAUUAGCAACACCAUCAAUAAAAAUGUUUAUUUACAGAACAUACAUUGACAUACAUGUAAUUUGACUCAAACAUUAGCAUGAGUGCAAACUAAAUUCUCCUCCUUCGAAGUUUUAAAAGACUUCUGAUAUUAAUUUUAAGUGAAACUAUCAAUUUAACGAAAUAUAUUUUGAUAAUAAAAGCACGGUUACACUAUAGAGGUGUGGCUUUUCACAGACUAGACUGGCGAGUCAUUAGCCAUUAUUCUUUAUGAAAUAAGCCCUGUUGUUCAUUAUGAUUGAAAAUUUGUUUAAAUAAAUAGUUACAAUUUG